AUGACACGAACCGAAGAUGCGGGCCUGUCCCCCGCGCUCGUCGAGACCGUAGCCGGGCUCUCGGCCGGGUCCAUGGCCACCCUAAUUGUCCACCCGCUCGACAUUGUCAAGACGCGAAUGCAGAUCUACCGCACCACCCUAUCCACAACCACAAAAACAACAUCCGCCGCUACCCCUCCAACAACCGUCUCCCUAAUCCGAUCCCUCGUCGCAACCGACCGCCCACUCGCCGCUCUCUACCGUGGUCUGACCCCAAACCUCCUCGGCAACGCCACCUCCUGGGCCUCCUUCUUCUUCUUCAAGUCCCGUCUCGAGCGUGCCAUCGCCCACCUCCGCGCUCCACCACAACUUGAACCCAGCCCAGCAGCCAAAAGACAAGAACCCCAAAAUGAUACCAGACACUCCCCAACCACAGAGCCCAGCACCGACACCAGAAAGCACCGCCUCACCCCCCUCGAUUUCUUCCUCGCCUCCCUCGGCGCCGGCGCCCUAACCCAAAUCAUCACCAACCCCAUCUGGGUCCUCAAAACCCGCAUGCUCUCCUCCGACCGUUCCGCCGCCGGCGCCUACCCCAGCAUGUGGGCCGGUGCCGUGCGCCUGCUUCGCGAGGAAGGGCCCCGCGGGUUUUAUCGAGGCCUCGGGGUUGGUAUGCUGGCUGUGAGCCAUGGGGCGGUGCAGUUUGCUGUGUAUGAUCCGUUGAAGAGGGUUUAUUUGGCUAAGCGGGGGAAGGAGAGUGAGAGUGAGGGAGGGGGCCGGAGCAGCAGUGCUGGGAGCAAGGGGUCUGCUAGCGUAUCCAACGAGGCGACAGUCGUGCUCUCUACUGUAUCCAAGCUAGUCGCUGGCGCCACGACUUACCCGCUGCAGGUGCUGCGUAGCCGGUUGCAACAGCACGAUGCCGAGGCUCAGUUUGGUCGGGGCUUGUCGGGCGUGGUGCGCAGGUUGUGGCGUGAGGAGGGGAUCCGCGGGUUUUAUCGCGGUGUUAUGCCUGGCGUGUUCCGCGUGCUGCCGGCGACGUGGGUGACUUUUUUGGUGUAUGAGAAUGUGAGGUAUUAUUUGCCUCGGUGGGCACGGAAUAGGGAAACAGCUCGAGUCGGCCCCAGGCUACCGUAG